AAAAUUGAUAUCUCUGAGCUGAGCACUGAGCCAAUAACUCCAUCACAAAAAGGAUCGACUGCCAGAGUCCAGAAAGGGUUAAGGCAGCAGUUGGAGAGGUUUGGGCUGACGUCUUGCUUUUGGAUGCCUGAGAAGUCUCUUGAAGUCACACUGCUGCACUGGCCUGGGAAGUAUGGAGCGAGCGCCCUGGACACAUGUAGGACUCACUCUCCUCCAGCUCCUGCUCAUCUCGUGCUUGCCAAGAGAGUACACAGUGAUCAAUGAAAACUGCCCAGGUGCUGAGUGGAAUAUCAUGUGUCGAGAGUGCUGCGAAUAUGACCAAAUUGAGUGCAUCUGCCCAGGACAGAAAGAAAGAGUGGGCUACACCAUUCCCUGCUGCAGGAACGAGGAGAAUGAAUGUGACUCUUGCUUAAUCCACCCAGGCUGCUCCAUUUUUGAAAACUGCAAGUCCUGCCACAAUGGCUCCUGGGGAGGCACACUAGACGACUUUUACAUCAAGGGGACCUACUGUGCAGAGUGCAGAGCUGGCUGGUACGGAGGGGACUGCAUGAGAUGUGGGCAGGUUCUUCAGGCUUCUAGAGGUCAGAUUUUGCUGGAGGGUUACCCACUGAAUGCACGGUGCGAAUGGACUAUUCAUGUUCGACCUGGAUUUAACAUUGAAUUAAGAUUUUCCAUGCUGAGCCUGGAGUUUGACUACAUGUGCCAGUAUGACUAUGUGGAAGUCCGUGAUGGGGACAAUUUGGACAGCCAAAUAAUUAAGAAGUUCUGUGGAAAUGAGAGGCUGCCUCCCAUCCAAAGCACUGGGUCUUCACUCCAUGUGCUCUUCCAGUCUGACGGAUCAAAGAACUUUGAUGGAUUUCAUGCCGUCUUUGAAGAAAUUACAGCUUGUUCUUCAUCUCCAUGUUUUCAUGAUGGAACAUGCACUCUAGAGAAAAGCGGUACCUAUAAAUGUGCGUGUCUGGCUGGCUAUACAGGGAAUCGCUGUGAAAACUGUCACAGUGGCACAGAGAAUCUAAAGAAAGUCUGUCAACCAGAGCGAAUCAAAAUCACUACAAACUCUAUCACUGAGGAGAACAAACAAGAACAAAUGCUUAUAGAUUGUGCAAGAAAAAUGGAUUUUUUUGAAAUAUCUGAACUGUCAGUGGUGAUGUGUAGGACUCCAGGUGCUCCUGCUCAUGGUAUUGUGGAAGGAGAUGACAUUAAGUACGGGGCCCAGGUUUACUUCAAGUGCAACGCAGGUUACAGUUUAAAAGGCAGCCGUGUUGCCUACUGUCAGCUUGAUGGGAUUUGGUCAGCACAUCAUCCUGAAUGUGUUCUAGAUGAAAAAAACUGCUCAGAUCCUGGUGGCCCACUCAAUGGCUACAGAAGUGUAGUAGAAGACACUGGGCUUUUGAAUGGACGCUAUGCAAAAAUUGGCACAGUCAUUGCUUUCUUUUGUAACAACUCGUAUGUUCUUAGUGGGAAUGAACAGAGGACCUGCCAAGAUGAUGGAGAAUGGUCAGGGAAGCAGCCAAUCUGCAUAAAAGCCUGCAGAGAGCCAAAGAUCUCUGACCUGGUGAGACAGAAAGUACUUCCAGUGCAGGUUCAGUCAAGGGAAACCCCUUUGCAUCAACUUUACUCAUCCGCAUUCAGCAAACAAAAGCUUGAAAUCUAUCCAACCAAGAAGCCAGCUCUGCCAUUUGGAGACCUGCCCCCAGGGUACCAGCAUCUGCACACUCAGCUUCAGUAUGAGUGCAUUUCUCCCUUCUACCGCCGCUUGGGUAGCAGCCGGAGGACUUGUCUGAAGACAGGGAAAUGGAGUGGGAGGGCCCCUGUGUGUAUUCCAAUCUGUGGAAAAGCAGAAAACAUCACCCUUCAGAAGACAGUGACCUCUACCAGGUGGCCCUGGCAAGCAGCAAUCUAUCGGACGGCCAGUGGGGUGAAAAACAGUCUCCGGAAAGGGGCCUGGAUCCUUAUCUGCAGUGGGGCUCUGGUGAACGAGCGCACUGUGGUGGUGGCAGCUCACUGUGUUACUGACCUGGGCAAGACCAGUGUGCUCAAGACAGCAGAGCUCAAGGUGGUUCUGGGGAAAUUCUACAGAGAUGAUGACAGGGAUGAAAAGACCAUCCAGAACCUGCGGAUUUCUGCCAUCAUAGUGCAUCCCAAUUAUGACCCUAUAUUACUUGAUUCUGACAUAGCUAUCAUCAAACUCUUGGACAAAGCCAGAAUCAGCAGUUAUGUUCAACCCAUUUGCUUGUCAUCCUCUCAUGACUUGACUUCAUCCACGGAGGAUUUAAAAAUAAUGAUUACUGGCUGGAAGGUAUUGGCUGAUAUUAAAGAUCCUGGAUACAAGAAUGACACAAUCCGUAUGGGAGUUGUUCGGAUGGUAGAUUCAGUGUUGUGUGAGCAACAGUACGAGGAUAAUGGGAUACAAGUCAGCAUGACCGACAGCAUGUUCUGUGCCAAGCAAGAUCACACAGCGUUUUCUAAUAUUUGCCCUGCUGAGACUGGUGGGAUUGCGGCCAUAACGUUGCCAGCAAAAGCAUCUCCUGAGCUAAGGUGGCACCUGAUGGGAUUAGUGAGCUGGGGUUAUGAUAAAAUGUGCAGCCUAGAACUCUACAGUGGCUACACCAAAGCUUUUCCCUUUAAAGACUGGAUUGAGAAGAACCUGAAAUAGAAAGCUGGAUCUGGAAAUGGCAUUUUAUGACUAUCUAUAUUUCUCUCUCAGCCUCUGCUACUUUAGACUUCUCAUCCCAGUGAUGUGCCACAUCUGGGAUAAGGUUAAGGCAGGCAGCCUGGUAAUUUAUCCUAGGAUCAGAUGUUCCAUCAGGCUACUUUUACUUAACUCAUGACAGAAGGUUGUAGUGCCUGAAUUUUACCAUAUUUUGCCUGUCUCCCCUGGUGGGAGGACAAUGAUAUGCUCUGAAGUCUGACAUACAGAAACAGGACAAUGAAUUCUGACUGAAAUUAUUCUGUAGUGUGGAGUUCCCUAGAGAAAUUGACAGUGAGGCUCUCCCAAAGAUAUGUGUGACUAAGAUGAUUAGAAGGCUGGAAAGAGUAGUCUGAAUUCAUUACGAUGGAUGAUCUUGUUACGGUAUGUGCUGUCUGUAUUGCCAUAGUGCAAUGUAAUCUUUUUCCUUCCCAAGUACUUUACACAUUUAAAUAAACCAUGAUUUAUUUUUUUUUAACCUACAUACCCAU